AGUUGUAGCCCCGUCCACAAUCACUUGAACCAACUUUUUUACCCGUUUUGCUUUGGAAUUCCUAUUAGGAAAAGUGUUUAUAAUUAAACGAAGAAUAAACGCUUCAUUAUUGGCCUUAGGCGCUGCUCUGUCAGGUUUGCUCUUUCCUCAGAGGAUAAGUCGUGCUGGAAUAUGAAGCUCCCUGCGCGGAUGGUGUAGCGCUAACGUUUACUUAGCUCCGUUUACUCUCGACACGGAGUGUGUGUGUUUUAUGUGUGUGUCUCUCUCUCUGCUCUUACUGAGCCUCAUCAUACUUCAUCACCCUGCACUGCCUGUGGAAGUGUCGCUCCCCUCCGUCGCCUGUUGUCAUGGCGCCCAAGGACAUCAUGACCAAUUCACAUGCUAAGUCCAUCCUGAACGCCAUGAACGCUUUGAGGAAGAGCAACACUCUGUGUGACAUCACCCUAAGAGUGGAGAACACAGAUUUUCCCGCCCACCGCAUCGUGCUGGCCGCCUGUAGUGAUUACUUCUGUGCCAUGUUCACUAGCGAGUUGGCAGAGAAAGGGAAGUCCUUUGUGGAUAUUCAGGGUCUCACAGCCUCCACCAUGGAGAUCCUGUUGGACUUUGUUUACACAGAGACAGUGUUGGUUACUGUAGAGAAUGUGCAGGAGCUGCUUCCUGCUGCCUGCCUGCUCCAGCUGAAAGGUGUGAAGAGGGCUUGCUGUGAUUUUCUCAACAGUCAGUUAGACCCAUCCAACUGUUUGGGCAUCCGAGACUUUGCAGAGACACAUAACUGCGUGGACCUUAUGCAGGCAGCAGAACUUUUCUCGCAGAAGCACUUUUCCGAGGUGGUGCAACAUGAAGAGUUUAUGCUCCUCAGUCAAAGCGAAGUGGAAAAGCUCAUCAAAUGUGAUGAGAUUCAGGUGGACUCUGAAGAGCCAGUGUUCGAGGCGGUUCUAAAUUGGGUAAAGCACAACAGGAAGGAACGAGAGCCAUACCUGGCGGACAUGCUGGAAUACGUGCGCAUGCCUCUGCUCACCCCACGCUACAUCACUGACGUCAUUGACUCUGAGCCUCUUAUUCGUUGCAGCCUAGCAUGUCGAGACCUUGUGGACGAAGCCAAGAAGUUUCACCUAAGGCCUGAGUUACGCAGUGAGAUGCAGGGACCUCGAACCCAACCCCGACUAGGUGCCAAAGAAGUGUUGCUGGUGAUCGGUGGGUUUGGCAGUCAGCAGUCACCCAUUGAUGUUGUGGAGAAGUAUGAUCCCAAAACACAGGAAUGGAGUUUUCUACCUAACAUUGCACGAAAACGCCGCUAUGUCGCCACUGUUGCCCUCAAUGACCGCGUCUAUGUGAUUGGAGGCUAUGAUGGUCGUUCGCGCCUCAGUUCAGUUGAGUGUUUGGACUACACAGCUGAUGAAGAUGGUGUUUGGUACACAGUCGCCACAAUGAAUGUUCGAAGAGGCCUAGCAGGAGCAACUACGCUAGGAGAUAUGAUUUAUGUGGCCGGUGGUUUUGACGGCAGUCGGCGGCACACGAGCAUGGAGAGAUACGACCCGAACAUUGAUCAGUGGAGCAUGUUGGGGGAUAUGCAGACUGCCAGAGAAGGAGCUGGGCUUGUAGUGGCCAGUGGACUCAUAUACUGCUUGGGUGGUUAUGAUGGUUUGAACAUCUUAAAUUCAGUGGAACGAUAUGACCCACACACCGGUCACUGGACCAGCGUCACUCCCAUGGCCAACAAACGUUCAGGUGCAGGGGUGGCUCUGCUAAAUGACCACAUUUACGUAGUUGGGGGGUUUGAUGGUACAGCUCACCUGUCAUCGGUAGAGGUGUAUAAUAUCCGGACAGACUAUUGGACUACCGUGGCACCCAUGACCACUCCACGCUGCUAUGUUGGAGCAACCGUGCUUCGGGGACGGCUGUACGCUAUUGCAGGAUAUGAUGGCAACUCCCUUCUCAGCAGCAUCGAGUGUUAUGACCCUGUACUGGACAGCUGGGAGGUAGUGACUUCCAUGGCAACACAGCGCUGUGAUGCAGGAGUUUGUGUGCUCAGAGAGAAAUAAAGACAUAAGCUACCAGACACUAAAAAGGCAAAGACUCAUUGGGAUUGUUUUUCUGGAGCACUGAUUGGCAGCUAAUACCUGUGACGGGUCUACUAUGAGGCCAUGAAUAUGUGCCACGUGUAUUAGCAUGGAAGAGCAAGCGGAAACGACUGGGAAACACGGAUGACAUGUUUUGAUUAUUGUGCCGUAAUUUUUAACUUCAGACACUAGUUGUGUUGCCAUGUUUGUGAUGGGCACACUGAGUUGUCUGCCAGUUUGUCUGCACUUUGCAUCCAUUACUAUGUGGUCCUGUGCUGUCUGAGGUUAUUUGUGAGGUUCAGGUGGAUGAAGUCUGCAAAGUGCAAUAUUUUAAACUACUGAUGUGUUAAAGACUAAAAAUGCAGAAGAACACUAUAAUGUGUGCUUCAGCAGUUGCUGCUUUUUAUCCCCUAUUGCCCUUGUGGGCAAAUAUUUCAACACAUCACAUCACAGGCCUGCUGGCUUUGCUAUGUUUGGAAUACAAGGUAAAAUUGAAGAUAUGGACAUGUUAGGAUUAUAAAGGAGGACAUUCUUACUGCUUAUGACUGGAAUUGAACAAUGUACAAGGUUGCCAUGUUUGCACCAAUAUGUCUUUACUGUCCUUGUUUGGCCUCCCAGGUUGUACUGAAAGAAGUAGGAACCCUACUCAUUGCCUUACAUUUGAAGGUACAGUAAAUCAAAUUAAUGUUAAGAAAACAUGAUCACUAUUAGAAGUGUGGAAUACAUCUUUUUUUUUUUAGGCUUUUUAGCAUUUUCCACAGUUAUGUUAUCGACCUUGUUGCCAGUUUAGAUGCUAGCAGUGAAUAUAAAAUAUAUAUAUAUAUAUAUUUUGAGGUGGGCCAUUGGGUUCCUUGGUGUACCUUUAAAUAACUGGGAUUGCCAUACAGUGAGCAUCACUAUCACAUAUGGACUGUUUUUUUUUUUUUUUCAGUUUAGGAACUUUUAAAUGUGAAUCUGAAUGAAUGUAUAGAUUUACUUAAAUGUUUGUUAAACACAUGUCUUAAAUAUCUGUUAAUUAUUUGUAUUAUUAUGCACAUAUAGCUCAUUUUUAUGAGUAGCCAAUGACAUUUGCUGUUGUGGAAUGUUUUGCAAUAUGUAUGGUGCCAGGACUGACAUAACUGUAAGGUCAACAGUUUGCCACCAAGUAUAAUAAAA